GUUUACUAGCUGCUGCUUAUAGCCGAACAGCCCCAUUUUUUCUUCUUAUCGUUCAACGACCGCAGUUCAUAGCAAUCAUGGAUCCCGGCGGCGGAGGCGGGCUAGAGGCGCGGCGUCUGCUUGAGAUCGCCGAGAAGCUGCUCGACGCCCGGGACCUUGUCGGCAGCAAGCGCUUUGCUGAGCGCGCCCUUGAAUCCGAUCCCCUUCUUGAUGGCGUUGACCUGACCCUCGCCGUUGUCGACGUGCUUCUCGCCUCCCAACGCCGUAUAAAUAACCAGAUGGACUGUUACGCUAUCCUGCAGCUCCCCCACCCUUCGUCGUCGGGCUCUGCCAUCGGAGGCGGUGGCGGCGGCGGAAACGAAGAUUCCCUCGCCAUCAAACGCAGUUACCGCCGCCUCGCCCUCCUCCUGAGCCCGGAUCGCAACAGAUCCCCGCUAGCUGGCCCUGCUUUACGUUUCGUCGUCGAAGCCUAUGCUGUGCUCUCCGACCCCGCGAAGAAAUCCCUAUUGGACUCCGAGAUCCAGAUAGCAGCUUCCCAUCUUCGAUCCAACGGCUCAGCCGAAGAUACGGCGGCACGGCCUUCUCGGACCUUUUGGACAUCCUGCCCCUCUUGUUGUCACGUGUUUGAGUACGAUUAUUCGUAUCUUAACCGUUCUCUCCGAUGCCGGACCUGCCAGCAACCCUUCCAUGCCGGUGAGAUGGCCGCGAAGCCGCCGUUAGUUCCAGGCACUGAUAUGUAUUACUGCGCGUGGGGAUUUUUCCCCCUAGGGUAUCGGGGUGGUCCGACUUUUGGCGGUUUUCCGAAUUCUGGCGCUUUAGUCUUGCCGGAGUUCGGCGACGGGUGGAAGCCCUUCAUUCCGAUUACACCGGUAUGGGGAAACCAACGGGGAGCUCAGGCGGAGAAGCCUUUGAAUGCCGUGCCUGUAAACUUUGCUGCUGCCAACCAGAUUGAUAUUUCGAAUACUGGGAAGAAGGCGAAUGUGGUGAAAAGCACGCCCGCGAGAAAUCGAAAGGCAGUUGCCAAAAGAAAAGUUGGGAGCUACUCCAAAAAGAAAUCUUUUGCUGGAGUAAGUGAAGCCAGAAAUGACGGAACCGAGGCCCGGGGUACAAGAGGCUCAGGAGAUGCAUAUACUGGGACGGGGGUUGGUAUUUCUCACUUUGAUAUUGAUCUGGAUGCUACAGAGGAUGUUCUUGGUAAUCUACAUAAUCUGCCCUUCCUGUGAAGGCAAGAUAUACAGAUCCAGCUUCCUUAGUUUAUGUCACUAAGAUGGCGGAUGAUGGGAAUUUCCUGCUGAGUUCUGAAAAUGGAUUUAGCAAUCCCAUUUUCAGUUUGUGAAGUGCUUUUUAAUGUCAGGUGUUGUUCAUUCUUCAUUCUCUCGGUUGGGCUACAGAAUCUGCUCCUUAGCUUGGGUGAACUUUUAGAUGAUUGAUGCAGGUAUGUAACAGUUCUUUAUUAAAUUGUUUACGCAGCAUGCUUAGUUCAACUCAGUUUAAACUUUGAAAGGGAGCGACUCCAUUAAUGAGUUGGAACCCUGUGAAGUAUAGAUUGUGGGUAGUUAGUUAUUUAUCUUUGCUUCUGUUAUUCCUACUAUGAUGAUGAUGCUUGGAUAAUCAGGCUCAUUCUCCUUUUUCUAUUUAUUAAGACUGCUCAAUAAGAUUUUAUUAAUCAGCUU